UUGCUGCGCCAGAAUCACCCAGCUCUCGAGUCCGUCGAGUCCGCAUCCGGCCGGCCUCCCCCACGCAGCUGGGCGGCUGCAUCAAGCAGAAGCACGGCGAGAGGGGAUCCCCAUCCCCCGACGCCCUGGCAUCUUUGACCAGCCUGCGCAGCCGAAGAGGCAGACAUGUCCUUCCCAGAAAAGCAAAAAAACUGCUUUAGCAUACUUGUGUCUAUGCCAUUAUGUUGUUCAAUCCCCUGCGGAGGCGCACUAUUGCGCCACAGCGCAGCCGCCGUAGCAGCCACGCUCCGUGCCUGCCGCUGGAAAAUGAGCUGCUCGGGCGCGCGCGCGAGCCACCUCCGUCGGGCGGAGCUGCCCACGUCGGGCGCCGCGGACUCUCCUCUGCGCACUGGCCACGCGUAGCAAUGGGCGGGGCGAGUUGCGCGGCUGUCUGGAAGGGCAGGGGGCUUCUCGGGAGGAGGAGGAUAUCCUCCGAGCCCGGCCCACUUCUGCGCGCUGACGAGAUACCGUCGUGAACUUUUGCUCAGCGUGUCGCGGCGGCGCGGCGGCCCUGGCGACUCGCCAUGCCCUGCAGGCGGACAGCGCGCCGCUCCGCUUCGUGAGGCGGGAAGCAAAGAAAAACUCGGUACGCUGAUGCCUGGGGACACUUGGAAUUGGUUGGCGGGCUGCGCCGACAAAAAGCCGCGCCAGAUCCAACGGAGCGAUUUUUGUUCGUCUGGGGGCUCAACGACGGGAGGGGCACUCUGGAAGCGAAUCGGGCACCAAGCAGAUGCGGGCAGAGGAGAGGAAGGCGAAAAGGAGCAGGAGCUGCGCUCAGAACGUGCCGCUUUUGCACGCGAGCGCCACGGGUGCACAGCGAAGCCGAAAGCCGCCUGGCGGAGCGACACGCUGAGCCAAAGUUACCGCCCGCGGGGCCCCCACUGCCAGGCCGCCCCGCGGCCUGGACGGGCCGCGCCGCGCCCGGCCGUGGGGCAGCCGAAGCACAGGGGGCCUAUCGCCCCCGUGUCGCUGCCCCUGAUUUGGGCGCGUCGAGCUAAUCAGCGCAGCCCGCCACACCACUCGGAGCAAAGAGGGGCCAGGCGCAGCACGCUCACGCGUGAAGGGCGGCUGCAGGAAGCGAGCACGAAGUGCCCUGGGAACGAGCCGGCCCAGAGGCAGCUGUCGGGGCCCCGCUCGGGGUUGCCCGCGGCACGACAGCCGAGUCAACGAUCAGACAGCUUCCCCAGGCCGACAGCAACCUCGGUGGUUGAUCUCUGCCAGACGAGAAUGAUGUCAUGAUGCGACUGGCUCAGAACACGUUCCAAGAUCCUCGUUCCUGCAGCCCGUGUGGGGCAUGAAGAAAUGUUGCCCUGCGUGGACCCUCAAGUAUGUGUCUCUAGCAACGGAUGCUGCGCAGUCUAAGUGGAGACAUCGAAAGGCAGCUGCAAAAGAUCGGUUCUGGCUGCAAAACCGGUCUCCGUGAAGGGGACCAGAGCUCUGGGGGCCCACGUCAUGACAAGAGAACAUGGCGUCGGGGGUCCUGGGAAGAGGCGCGGGACGGACCGAGUGCAAGCAGCUCAGCAGUCGGAGGCCCGGCGGAUCAGAGAGUUCAGGAAACUAAAAAUAAGAGCGCCAUCGCUUCGCAGAGACUGCUCCGUCUGUGUCCGCAUCCUCCUCUGCAUGAGCUGUUAUUAUCUGCUAUUUCUCUGCGGACGGUCAGUCGGCAUCGCGUCUCGAGCAGGCAUCGGAAGGAGGCAGACCCGAGGGCAUUGUACCCGCAGGAAGGCCUCUUCUUGCUCGCAAUAUGAUGGACAGGCGGAGGGAGGAAAAAGAGAUAGAGAGAGAGAGAGAGACACACGACUUCGCAACAACUCAAGUCGAAGUCACAACUGGGCGCCUGGGCAACUCUACCGAAGCACACGCGAGAAUGCAAGCGUAUAAUGCGACGUCUCCAAAGACGGCCUGCAAACUAGAAUGCCGAGGGCGGCGGGUGACACCAGGCGAGGUGGCCGCGGGUGGUCCUCCGGAAACCUCUGGAGACCUCCCGGGACCUCCUGAGGGGCACCUGGAGACGGGGGCCUCCGACAACUCGAAUCUCAUCUCGAGCCGCAGGGCCGUGGACCUCCGACCAAAAGCACCUCCUCUGCAGGCUCCUGGUCGCAGAGGCGCUGAAUUAGCGGUGCGCCUGCGUGCCGAAUUGCACCCGAAAUCUUCAACGAGGACCUCCAGACGGCCUCUGCGGGCCGAGGGGUCGAGUCGAGCGGCGGCGGGCGGCAGCGGCGGAGAAACGCUGCUCCCCCCCUGGACGGUCGGCGGCCUAACGCAAUCCAGGUGGGCGCACCGGCCGCUACUACACCGUCGGGUGGGCUCUCUCGUCUCUCCUCC